AGUAAAAGAAGUGAAUUACAAUCAAAUCAAACCAGUGCUGAAAAUGAUCGACACAUUUACGCAAUACCAGAAACUCUGUAUAAACCAGAUCGAUCAUCUAACUACAGUAUGCCGAGUACAUUCAUUAUCAUCAUCAUCACGAAAACGGCUUAUUGAACGCAGUCGUCGUCAGUUGUAUAAACCGCCUAUCGCACGAACUAAAAGUUUACAACAAAUAAACAACAACGAUGCAAUGCGUAGAUCUCCGUAUUCAAUGAUAUCAGCAAAAGAAUUUAAAAAUGGACGUUGGAAUUCAGUCCCACUGACGACUCUCGCCACCACCACUAGUAUAUCGAAAUCCAGCUCUAUACUAGAUGGAAGUAUAAGUACGCAUAGAAGUGAUCGUCGAUCAUGGUUACAACUGGACUAUGGGAAAAAAUAUGUACAUGAAACAGCUGUUUAGCCAACAACAACCAAUUUACAAGUGUCUACAAUAUUUUCAAUAUCUAUUGAACACAUUGAAUGAAUGAGGGAUAUUUGAAUAUGCAUUGUUCUUGUAUAAGCUAGCUAACUAAUUUAUACAUGUACAAAACAAUUAAGAUUAUCUAUCACAUGGAAGAAACAAUUGACAAAAACCAAAAAAACAUUAUUUUUUUUUGAUGUUGUGAUAACGAAGACUGAUUAUCUUGCGAUUUGAUCUUCCUUUCCAGAUUUAUAUAUUUUCUCGGAACGUUUAUUCGACAUUCACCUUGUCAGUUGUCGC